GGCAAUCUAGGAGGCUGACGCAGGCAAGGGCCCACAACCCAGCUCCCUAGCUGGCCAGGUGGGCUGGCUAGCUCUGGGAAGAGGGGUUUGAUUCCUCAGCUGGAGCAGAACUGGAACAGGUGAGAGUCACUUGCCUCAUCAAGCUCAGCUGCUGCAAUCAGCAAAGUACAAAAGGAAAGCAGAGCUGAGGGGCUGUGUCUGCUUUCCAUGUUGAUGGGCCUUGGCUUGGAUGCUCCUGGACUUGGGAGCAAAACUAGGCUUUAUUUCAUCUGGGUCAAAGACCCAGUUUGGCACCCCCUGCACGCAUUACCAUAUACACAGGCUGUGAACCGCAACGGCGCCUCUCUGUAGGCUUCACCUGGGGCAAAUAAAAAGUGGCUAUGCCCCCCCCCCGGCUCUGCUAGACCUCUAUGGGACUCUGCUUUGGUUUUGAUUUUGGACUAUGCUCUGACUCCUGGACUUCAGGCUUGGCUGCUUGGAUUGGCCCUGGACCGCAUUUCCUGACUUUUGGACUUCAGACUUCGUUUGAGUGGAUUGACCCCUGGACUUGGACUUUGGACAUGACAUACUGACGUGCUGCCAGGAACCACAGAGUUAACUUUUAGAGGAGGAGCCAUUUGCCUCCUGGUGGACUGUGGGGAAAAGAAGCCCCCUGGUGAUUAAGAUGGCUGCUGGAAGUAGUUUUCAGUUGGGAUGCAGCAUAUGGAAUUCCCUCCCCAGGAAGACUUGCCAGGCACCAAACAUCCCUUUUUACACCAGGUCAACAUUUUCUAAAUCACUUGGAUAGAUCUUGGAACAGUUAAAAGGUUAUCCCACUUGGAGAGUAUUUUCAUGGACAUCAAAAUAUAAAUCCAGCCAAUUCAAUGAGACCUGUGUGAACAUUGUGAUGCAGAGGAUCCUGCUGUGAUAUCAUCAUUGUAGUAUUUACCACAUCUUCAGCUUGUGGGUGUUUAUAUGGUUAUUUAAUGAAGUUUUCUAUGGAGUCAGGAAACUGUUGUGUUUGGCCCUGAAAGUGCAUAGCAGUGAAUCCUUUGGUUCCAAAAGCCGCAUCUUUGAAUGGGCUAAUCCACAUCGGCUCUAAAGUUGUGGAAAAGUGGGAUCACAACCACCUGGCCCAUCAGCUGAGUGUGUCUGGCCUGCCUUUGUCCCCCAGUAAUGCAGCUACCACAUGCAUAAUGCAGUGUUGGAGUACUUACUGCAAACUCAUUUCUAUCAGAAAAAUGAAGCCCACAAAGAACAAAAAUGUAGAAUAUUCGGAAGGUUUCUAUAAGCCCCCAUUAGCUGUCCAGAAGACCAGUGCUGAGAUAAUAAAUGAAGCACGAAAUACACUAAGGAUUUUAAGAACCCAAAGACCGUUCACACCAAAGGAGGAGCAAAGGAAGCUUUUUGGAUCUGCGUCUUCAAGAACACCUGAAAAUAGACCACCUUCUGCUUUUAGUCUCCAUGCUUCCAGCUUUGAAUGGGUUGAAUCAAGGCCUGUCUCUUGUGCACGUCUAAGCCCACUGGACCAUAAGCCAAAGCUGCUGUCAUCACCCAGGAAUAAUGAGGAGCAUCAUAUUUCACCUCCUAAAUCACCAAUAGAUUCAGAGGAAAUUAGGAGAAUCAGCAAUGCUCGUGCCCGUUUGUUUAGAACCGCAUCUCAUGGAAACCUUCUCCCAGAUAAAAUACUACUUCCCAAUGAGUGUAAGACACUGAAUUUUGAAGACCAUCCUACCACGUGUGAUAGUUCUGGAACUAGAGAUGAAAGUCAAAACCUGACUGUCCAGUUGACCUUUAAGGAUAAGUGUGUUCCAUUAACAUAUAAAGAGCAUCAAAAUAAGAUAGAAGGGGAAGAAGUAUAUCCACAAAUGACAGACAUUUUGCCUUCACCUCAGUGCAGCAAUCAAUGUGACCAGGUUAACGGGCAAGAAAGUCCUUCAUCAUGCCUAGAAAACACUGAGUGGACUAAGUCUGCAACUGUGUCAGAAAAUACUUUGGAAGCUAAUGAGACAGAAGAGGAAGAAAACUACUGGAAUACGAAAAUUUUACCAAUUCUACAUGAAUUAGAGUCUGAGGACAACGUAGAAAGACUUUGCCAUGCCUGUACUGUUCUCUAUAAGGCCUUGGAGGAAGGAAAUAUGCUUUGCAAGCGAUUUAAAAGACGAAAUUUGCUUCUGAAGACUUUAUACAAAUUAGUUGACAUUGCUUCAGAUCCGCUUGGCCUAAAACUUGCAAAAAUUAUUCUGGGCCUGAAAGUAAGUGGAAAGAAUCUGCUUAAUGUCUGCAAACUGGUGUUUAAAAUAAGCAGAAAUGAAAAAAAUGAUUCCAUCAUUCAACAUGACCAAAUAUUGGAUUCUCUGCUAGAAGUUCUGAGAGCUGAAGACUUGCAAGCAACUACUGAGGCCUUUCUCUAUUGUAUGGGCGCUAUAAAAUUCAUUUCUGGAAAUGCAAAGCUCAUUAAUGAGAUGGUCAGCAAGGGAACUGUUGAAAUACUGUUGCAACUAAUGAAGCAGAUCAAUGAAAUUAAUGAAAAUGAUGCUCGGUUUUCCAGUUCAGGACACCUCUUGGUUCAGCUCACUGCCACUUUGCGGAACUUGGUUGACUUGCCUCAGUCAAGGUGCAAGCUCCUGGACUCUGAAGCAAUUCCAGAGCUUUGUCUGAUGUUGGAGAAGCGUAUGAACGACAAGGAUGUCUGCACCAAUGUGGCCAGAAUAUUCAGCAAACUUUCUUCCUUCAAUGACUGCUGUACAGCUUUGGCAGAUUGCUCCAGAUGUUACGUCUUAUUUUUAGCCCUGCUAAACAAACACCCAAAGAAGCAGGAUUUAGUCAUCCGUAUCAUUUUUAUUCUUGGAAAUUUAACAGCAAAGAACAACCGGGCCCGGGAACAGUUUUUUGAGGUGCAAGGAAGCAUUAAUACCCUGAUAGCACUAUUCCAGGCUAAUUGUGAAGCUGAUUUAAAUACUAAACUGCUGAAAGGUGAUGGCGAUGUAAAAAAUCUCAAGCAUCCGUCUGAAGCAGAAGAUGUGCUCAUCAAACUUGUAAGAGUGGUUGCCAAUUUGUCCAUCCAUCCCACUGUAGGCACAAGUCUGGCAACAAACCAUCAUAUUGUGACAUUACUCAUUACGGUACUAGAAAACAAAUCAGUUGAUGAAUGUGAGGAGCUGGUUAUUAAUACCACAGCAACAAUCAGCAAUUUAUCUUUCUACCAAGUGAAGAAUUCUGUAAUCCAGGAGAAGAAAUUAUAUAUUGCAGAGUUGCUUUUAAAGCUAUUAAUGAGCAGUAAUAUGGAUGGAAUUCUAGAGGCCAUUCGAGUCUUUGGUAACCUUUCACAAUGCCAUGAAAUCUGUGACUUCAUUAUACAGCGAAAGGUGUACAAGUUCAUGAUCGCUUUGCUCGAUACCAAACACCAGGAUGUCUGCUUUUCAGCCUGUGGAGUUCUCCUCAAUCUUACAGUGGAUAAAAGCAGGCGUAGUAUAUUGAACGAAGAAGGAGGAAUUAAAAAGUUGAUCGAUUGUUUGAGAGACUUUGGGCCUACAGACUGGCAGCUGGCUUGUUUGAUAUGUAAAACUUUGUGGAACUACAGUGAGAAUGUUAGCAUGGCUAAGGCUUGCUUCGAAGAUGAUGAAUCAAACACCUUGCUCGUUAUCCUUGCAUCAUUUUUAGAUGAAGAAUUAGCUCUGGAUUACAACUUGGACGAUUUAAGAGAUUAUCACAAACUUUACUGGGAAACAGAGUUCAAACCUGUGGCGCAGAAGCUUCUCCAGAGGAUUCAAAACUGCAACUUUUGAAUUCCUUAUUUUAAGGUGGGUGCUGAGGAUACUCCAGUGGCCGUUUAUGCAAAGUUGUUGCACUCAAAGUGCUUUGACAGAAAGUGGCUUUAGGUAGUUUUCUUUUGUAUUAGCAUGUACGUUCAUUGUAUGAUACCUUUUCUUAAAUUUCCAGUGGCAUUUAGGGAUGUAAAAAUAAACCAGCUGCAGCAUCUGG